AUGGACUCCGAAAUAGAAGAGGAUUCUGAUGUUUCCAUGUCCGAGGACGAGGAUGAGAAGCCCCAAAACACACGCCCAUACAUGGCACUUCUUCAAGGUUUCACAGAAUCUUCAGAGCCGAGCGCCAAAAGACGGAAACUCGAAAGCGGCAAGUCUGAAGGCACUGCCCAGGCUGAUUCCGAGACCGAGUCCGAGUCUGAUGAGUCUGAAGAAGACGAAAAGGAGGGCAAGGAUGUCGACAGAGUUGAGGAGGCCGAAGAUCCGAUGGCCGACCUGGCAGAGGAAGAGGAGCAAAGCGAUGAUGAAGACGACGUCGAUGCCUCGGAUCCGUUCGACAACCACUUCACAACACCCAAUGAAGACUUGACCGUGAAGAGAGUCAAGGCGAUCCAAAAGAGGGACUGGACUUUCAAGCGGACAAUGUCAAAGGUUUCGAAAGCGGUCGUGACGUAUCCUCAGGUGGAAGGUUCAGACGCACCAGCGAUUCCCUCCCCGAUUUCCAGCCUGGACGGCCUCAAACUCAAGCAGAAGCUGAGAGAAACUGCCUCCAAGAAGAUGGCCACACUCGAUCCCCUGCAGCAGGCCAUUGCUCCUACGAUUUUCAACUACAACGACAUUCUGUACGAUAACCGAAACACUCAAAACUCUGAAGGGUUGCGGCAGCUUGUGUGCUUGCAUGCCGUCAACCAUGUCUUCAAGACCCGAGACAGAGUCAUUAAAAACAACUAUAGGCUCGCGAAGGAGGAGAACUCGGACCUCGAGCUCAGAGACCAGGGUUUCACACGCCCCAAGAUUCUCUUCAUCCUGCCGACAAGACAGUCCUGUCUGAAGAUUGUCAACACGAUUGAGGAGCUGUGCGCGCCGGACCAGCGGGAGAACCGCAAACGAUUCGAGGAGGCGUACACCGACGACGACGUCAAGUUCGGCGACGACAAGCCCGCCGACUUCCGUGAGCUCUUCGAGGGCAACGACGACGACAUGUUCCGCAUCGGUAUGAAGUUCACGCGCAAGACGGUCAAGUACUUUUCGCAGUUCUACAACUCGGACAUCCUCCUCGCCAGUCCGCUGGGUCUCCGCAUGGCCAUCGGCGCCGAGGAAGACAAGAAGAAGAUGGACUAUGACUUCCUCAGCUCCAUCGAGAUGGUCGUCGUCGACCAGGCCGAUGCCCAGCUCAUGCAGAACUGGGAGCACGUCGAGUACAUCUUCGCGCACAUGAACCUCCAGCCCAAGGACGCCCACGGCUGCGACUUUAGCCGCGUCCGCAGCUGGUACCUCGAGGACUGGGCAAAAUACUUCCGCCAGACCAUCAUGCUGUCGGCCUUCAACACCCCCGAGCUCACCGAGCUCUUCCGCACGCAGUGCUACAACUGGGCCGGCAAGAUCCGCUUCCAGGCUGACUCCGCGGGCGUCCUCACACAGCUCGGUCUCAAGGCCCGCCAGACCUUUUCCCGCUUUGAGUGCCGGUCCAUCGACAAGGAGCCCGAUGCCCGCUUCGACUACUUCGUCUCGGCCAUCCUCCCCUCCCUCAUCAAGCGCGCCAAGGACACCACUGGCACCCUCAUUUUCAUCCCCUCGUACCUCGACUUUGUCCGCGUGCGCAACUACUUUGCCACGAACCCGGCCGUCGCGGCGCUCUCCUUUGGCACCAUCUCCGAGUACGCCGACGUGCCCGAGGCCUCGCGCGCGCGCUCCCACUUCCUCACCGGCCGGCACAAGGUCCUCUUGUACACGGAGCGCGCGCACCACUUCCGCCGCUACCAGCUGCGCGGCGUCCAGCGCGUCGUCAUGUACAGCCUGCCGGACAACCCCAUCUUCUACCGCGAGAUCGCGGGAGGCUACCUUGCCCGCAGCGAGCAGGACCUCAAGCUGGAGCCCGGCCAGGGCACCGUCCGUGUCAUGUUCUCAAAGUACGAUGUCAUGAAGCUGGAGCGUGUCGUCGGCACGCAGCGUGUGGGCAAGAUGAUCCAGGAGAAGGGCGACACCUUUGAUUUCGUGUAA